ACUUUACUUCCGCCAUUACAUCAGAUUGGAUCGAACAUUAAGACUCGUAUACAACUUUGCCAAAAUCUGAAUUUGAGACAUUAUUCCAGAAUAACAACAUGUCUACUAAUUCAUUUAUGGGAGCUGUAAAUUCCUAUGUGGAUACAACUGAUGAUGAUGAUUACAAUGAUUCAGAGUCAAACACUUCCAAUGAGGAUGAUUACGAUGAUCCAGUGUCAUACGAUGUAAGUGUGUCAGAUGAUCCAAAUAUUGAAAAGAAUUUCAAUGAAGUAGAAAAAAUAGGCUCUGGAAAUUUUGGAUUUGUUUACAAAGCAGUUUGCAAACAAGACAACAAAAGUUAUGCACUGAAAUAUGUGCGGAUAGAGACACCCGAAAACUUGGAAAAACGUGAAGUUGAAGUUUUAAAAUCACUAGACCAUAAAAACGUCAUAAAGUAUUAUAAUGAUUGGAUUGUACUUCUUCCUACAUCUAUCAUUCGUUUUUCAAACAAAGAAGAAUCUAAUGAGAAACAUGCCUAUUCAUAUUUAGUAAUGCUAAUUGAGCUUUGCCAAGUGAAGAAUCUUGGAGAUCGAAUAAAAUCUGGAGAGGUAUUUCAAACACAGAAUGAAAACAAGAGGCGCAAAUGGAUUUUAGAUAUAAUAUCUGGUUUGAUAUAUACUCACAACAACAGUAUUAUACACCGGGAUCUUAAGCCUGAAAAUAUUAUGAUUGGCAUGGACGAUCUAGCAAAGAUAGGAGAUUUUGGGCUUGCCAGAGCUUACAAAACAUCUUAUUCAGAAGGGUAUUCUGCUACUUCCGAGUCUGAAAAGGAUGAAGAUCCAUUAAGUAAAGGUGUUGGAACAAUACCUUAUGUGGCACCAGAAGUGCUGAAGUCCACUAGAUAUAGCAAGAAGGCAGACUAUUACAGUCUCGGAGUUAUACUUGCCGAAUUGCAUCAUGAUAUGGGACUGGACAGACCUAGAAUCAUGGAUAAGCUACGUAGGGAGGACUUCACAGACUUAAUUAUGGUUGAUUCUAAAGUUUUACAAAUUAUAAAAAGUCUUCUUAGUCGUGAGCCGGAACCAAGAAUGGAGUUGGAGGCCGUUUUAGACAUGUUACCAUUGGAGCAUCAACAAAGUGAUGAAAACAUGAAGGUUGGAGCAACCAGAGGAAGUUUCUCUGAAACGGAACAUCCAGGACAUUCCAGGAAUCUUUACCCCAAUAUACAGUCACCAGUUGGUACCGAACCACAUGCUGCUUCUACUGAAGAAGAUCCAGACGAUCCAUCCCAGCUUGAGGAUUUUGAUGGGGCACUUACUUUAUAUUAAUAACAUGAAAUAUUUACAUUCAGUGUAUAUUUUUCCUUAUGUUUGCAUUUGGAAAUCUAGCUGUGACAUUCAAUUUUCUAUGAGUACACUUUGAUAAUUCAUGCGCCAUGUGCACAAAUAUAAACGUCUUCAUGUUUUGAGAGUAGAUGUAUUUUUGUAAAAUUU